AUGGCUCAAGCCAUUAAAUAUGUCUACAACCCUGUUGAUUCGGCCGGGCGUGAAAUCAGGCUGCUCGUCAUUCAGCCAGGCUUAUGGUCAGAGGAGAUCACCUGUCGUCUGAAGACUGUGUCUCUCAAUGAUGGACCCAGAUACGAGACACUAUCGUAUACAUGGGGCGAUAACUCGAAAGAACAUUUGAUCCAAGUCGAUGGAUCACGCUUUCGGGUUAAUCACAACCUAUUCCUGGCACUGCGUCGACUCCGUUCCCUGGAUGAGGCUCGCGUCAUCUGGAUUGAUGCGAUUUGCAUUAACCAGUCGGACAACAACGAGAAGUCAGCUCAAGUUGCCAUGAUGGGCAGGAUUUACUCCAGCUGCAGUCGAGCGACAACCUCUUCACCUCCAGAGUCUACAACGGCGAAGCAGGCAUUCGAGCUACUCCGUGUGCUUGGGGAGGAUGUCCAAUUUGACCAGCUUGCUUGCUUCACUAGCACCGAAGAGGGAAUCCUUACUUGCGAGACCUUUGCUUCACACUUCAAAUCUCUGGAAGCCAUCACCUACAUUCCAUGGUGGAGUCGAAUUCGGAUCGUCCAAGAGAUGGUGUUGCCGCCCGAGGUCGUCUUUGCAUUUGCAUCCGAAACCUGUCCGUACGAGGUCAUUUAUAAUAUGCAUGCCGUAUUUGGUGCUCACGCCAACUCUUGCUGCGCCAAGCUGUGGUUCCGCUUCACCGAGAAUCCCACUCCCGCAUGUGAAUUAAUCAUUGCCGUCAAUUUGCGCCAUGGGCCAUUGAUUGCGGUACGCCGCCGUCGUGUUAAUGGUGAAACAAUGACCCUAUCCGACCUUCGGCAAAGGUUCUGCACCUUUGAAGCUACACAAAUGCGAGACCUUUUUUAUGGCCUGCUGGGUAUGGUGAAUACAUCCGGAGCUGACCUGCCACUUGUUCCCGACUACGGGAUCACUGAAGCAGAGGCCAUCUCUAUUGCAUGCUAUACAAGCAUUAAACAGAACCAGAAUCUGGACAUCAUUCAAGGUAGCAGAUGGGCUAUUACAUCGUUGGCACUGCCGAGCUGGAUUCCUGAUGUCCUCAAUUCCGUGAAGAGUAGGGCCCUUGCUCCUCGGGAGAGGAGGUACAGAAAUCACCUGCAGGGCCAGUUCAACGCAUCAUCACAGCCGUGCACUAGUGUGGGGUUGGUCGAAGGGACUGUGCUGAAAGUCUUAUCAUCCUGGCGUGACUUCAUUACCAUGGUAGGAGAUGAGGUGCAUGACGCUGAAAAUGUCAAUUGGCAAGAUGUCCAGGCCCGAACGCUCCGAAGCUGGAUGUCCGCACUCAAUAUCCACAGCUGGCCUACUAUAUGUCCUCAAGAUAUAACUGUUCAUUCCAGUUUCUGGAGAGCCAUUAUCAGUGAUUCUGUCUUCGUGGCGAAUCCGAAUCCGCCGUUUUUCCGUCGGGCCGAGCGACAAGAUUAUACCAAGAUAUAUGGAUAUCUGAGUUCUCUCUUGGAGGACAGAACCAGUACUCCAGACUCUAAUCUACUCGGACAGGAAUUCAAUUACCCUAUUUAUCUCUCCAUGAUGGACUCCCGUUUCGUGAGAACGCGGCAAGGUCGGAUCGGGAUAGCACCAGCGAGAUGUCAAGUUGGGGACGAGAUCCAUAUUUGA